CGCAGAAAUUCGAGACCCUGUGGAAAUUCAGUCAUCGGCUAUCUUUCAGACUUGGCAUAUCAUGUUCUCUUCACUGUAAUGCAGUUGAAGCUAUUUCUUAGGGGAGGAAACUGGUGAUAGGCUAUAAUGUUAUCCCCAAAAUAUGGAUUAUGGCUUGCCUCCACAGGAGUGUCGCCGCUAACUCUGUCGACCAAACGCUUGCCUGACUGUGUUACGACUGGAUGCAAACUGCCACCGGUCUGGUCGUCUGCCCGAAAGCGCAGGCAGGUGGGACAUACGAACCGCUUCCAGUUGCACGGCUUCACCGAGGUGGUCGCGGUCAGCGACCUGCUUGGACAAGCGCAGGUGGAUCGAUCAAUGCGGACGGGCAUGAAUGCGACCUUGAAGAGUAUCAGGACAGCUGACUUUCAAGUCCGUGGUCAUGACGAUGCCCCCUGCUAUGAGUCGACACUGCCACAGAUCACUUCUCCACAGAGCUCGGCCGUGCCCACCCACUCUCGGCCCUGUUCCCUCUCCCCAGGUUCCCCCUCUGCUUUUAAACCUGAGGAGAAAUUCUACAUGGUGUCACGCCAGACUGUCAACUACAGUCAGCCAGACGCAGUUCUGGAAUGCCUGGGCAGCCAAUGGGAGCUGCACCUGCCCUACCUGAUCAAGUCGUCCAUGCUCACCAACCUGUACGCCACCUGCCGCAAGCAGAGGCUGCCUUACCCGCCACCCGAGCCUGCAGGACCCCACAGCAGGCCUGAGAGUCAACCCUCUCAGAGGAAGAGGAACGAGAGAAAAGCUCUGGGUCCUCUGUUCAUGCAGCUUCAUGUGAAAGACCCGUCCAUAACCAAAGAGGCACUGUCCUUUGCUCUCAGGACUCUGUACGCACCUGACACCUGUCCAGAGCAGUGGACGGAGGGGCUAUUGGCUGCUGCCAUCUGCCUGGGCCUCCCACCGCUAUUCGAGAGGUGUCUAUCAGAGAUGCAGAGCAGGAUCAGGCCGUCCACUGUGUGUGAGUUCCAUAGCGUGGCAAGCAGGUAUAAGGAGGAGAGUCUGGUGAAAGAGUGUGAAAAAUGGUUAGAGCGCCACCUGGUGUGUGAGUUAAGCAACAGCAUCUACCUGAAGUACCUGCCUUUGGGUCUGCUCCUCAAAACCCUCCAGUCUCCCAGAGUCUUCACCCCCAGUGAGUAUCAGAUGUUUAGGACAGUGCUGUACUGGGUUUACCUGCAGUUUAACAUCGCCCUGCAAGUCUUACCUACACACUCACACAUCAUCACCUUCUUCUCCAGCUGGCCGAGGGAAGGAGCGUUCUUGGAGCAGCCAGAGGGGCUGAGGUUCUCUGUCCUCUUCCAUUCUCUACGCCUCCAUGGCAUCACAGACUGCCACCAUCUUGAGGAGAUGCAGAGGACGCGGAUCUUCCCUCAGUCGUGGCUCCUCCAUCUAUUCUCCUCCCAUUAUUACACAAUUCUAAAAGGUGGGGAUAUGCCAGUGAGCAAUUUCUCCCAGCAGGCUGUGCGCUUUGGGAUGGUCAUCGACGGGCAGGAAUCACAGUGCUGCUCUCAGACAGUUGGCCUCUGGGGAUUGUACUUCAUUAUGAGCGUGGCCAAGACAGAAUCAAAUACACACAUCUUCAGUAUGCAGAGGCUGAAACCGUGGGACUCAGAGCUUCCAUCUUGUGCCUGGCAGCGGCACCCUGUUAGCAUGAUGGCAGAGCGACUGGUGCGCUACCAGGUCCUUGUUCAGAGCCAAAAUGGCGACCAGUGGAAGGACUUCUGCUCUGGCCCCAUCCACCAUGAGUUCGGCCUAAAUAAGCCCUCUUGCCACAGUGAGGUCUUCAAGCUCUCAGGCCUGACCCUGCCUAUUCUCGUGACCUUUGCCCUCGCCUUACCGCCCUUGUGACCUCACGUUGCCAGGCCGACACAACUCACCUCUAGCUGUCAGCGUUGCAAUAAAUCUGCUCCCAAAGCCUCCUGUGCUGUUA